GGAAGUCGAGGGUCGUUUGGGAUUCAGCCCCAGUUUUUCGGCUGCCUGUGUUUAGCCGAUCUGAAUUGUGCUAAUUCUGACAUUUAACUCCGGAAACACAAAUGUAAAAGCGCUAACAGCCUCCAAAGGGCGAAUAUCAAGCUCGGCGCUACUUUAGCUGUCAGACAGCGGUGCGAGUGAGCAGCCAUGUCUCGGGUGGUGAAAAAGCGACAGGCCGACCCCAAAGUGGUGCAGUAUGUGUGGUCGGCCAUCAAAGUGAUCCGCAGCCAGAAACAGAUCGCUAACAUGGAUCGAAUCUCAAAGUAUUUGACCCGUGUGUACGGGAUGCACCCCAAAGAAACAUCCAGGCAGCUGGUGCUAGCGGUGAAGGACGGCCUCGUGGUGGAGACGCUCACUGUGGGCUGUAAAGGCUCGAAAGCUGGAGUGGAGCAGGAGGGCUACUGGCUGCCUGGAGAUGAAAUGGAGCAGAUGUCUGAGGGAAAUAAGGACUGGGAGGCAGAGAGUCACGACUGGUACUGUUUCGAGUGUCACCUCCCAGGAGAUGUGCUGGAGUGCGACAGUUGCUUCCGUGUCUAUCACCUCCGCUGUCUCACUGACGAGCUCCGGCCCAGAGACACCACGUCACACUGGCAGUGUGCUGUCUGCCGGGGCAGUAAAAGGAGGAACUUUACUAAGCAGGAAAUGGUCAUAUAUCUGAGGUUCAUUCUUGCACGUAUGAAAGAAAGGGCCAUCGACCUGCACAAGAGAGGCAAAGAGACAAAGCAGGCCGUGUACCGGAGGCUGAUUCACACAGCACUGGAUGUGGAUAACAUUCAGGAGAAUAUUUCUGAGGGCAAGUACAAGAAUUUUGAGGAGUUUAAAGCAGACGCUCAGCUGAUUGUCCACAACACAGCGAUUCUGCACGGAGCACGUAGUGAUCAGACUGAAAUCGCCAGACUUCUCUACAACGACACAUGCCAUGAGUUGAAUGAGUUGCUGUUGUGCAGAAACUGUUUCCAUCUGUCCAACGCUCGGCCUGAUAACUGGUUCUGUUAUCCCUGUGUUCCCAGUCAUGAGCUGGUGUGGGCCAGAAUGAAGGGUUUUGGUUACUGGCCGGCCAAAGUGAUGCAGCGAGAAGGGAACCAGGUUGAUGUUCGCUUCUUUGGUCACCAGCACCAAAGAGCCUGGAUCCCUUCAGACAACAUCCAGGAGAUUUCAGUGAACGUGCAGCAGCUUCAGGUGAAGCGCAGUAGUGGUUGGAAGAAGGCGUGUGAGGAACUCGAGCUGCACCAGCGCUUCCUCCGUGAGGGACGUACAUGGAAGGGAUGCACAGACGAGCGGCAGGACGAGGCAGAGUCCAGCAUCUCCUCCACCAGCAACGAGCAGUCUAAGAGUAAUCAAGAGCCGAAAGCUAAAAAGAGCCGCCGUUCCCAACCACCAGAGCCCAAAGAGGAGCAGGAGCCUGAGCCCGAGGUGGAAGCGGUGAGUUCGAGUCAGGAGAUUCCCACCGCGGCUCCUCACCAGCCUGAGCGCAUGUCCGUCUCAACACAAACCAAAAAGUCUCCCUCAUCAUCUUCCUCUCCCGCUCCCCGCAUGCUGCACCGUGCCACACAGACGCUUAAUGAGGGCAGCUGUCAAAACAUGUGCCAUGACAAGUACACCAAAAUCUUCAGUGACGUCAAGGAGAUGAUGAAGGCUGAAAACAAGCGUGAGACAGAGCGAGUGCUGAAGGAGGCACUGGACAAGCUGAGGGUGGAGAUGGAGGAGGAGAAGAGGCAGGCGGUGAGUAAAGCGGUGGCGAACACACAAGCGGAGAUGGAGCGCAAAUGUAAGCAGGUGAAGGAGAAGUGUAAAGAGGAGCUGAUGGAGGAGAUGAAGAAGAUGGUAAACCAACACAAGCAGCUCAUCUCUCAGACUAAGAAGAAACAGUGGUGUUAUAACUGUGAGGAGGAGGCCAUGUACCACUGCUGCUGGAACACGUCGUACUGCUCCAUCAAGUGUCAGCAGGAACACUGGCACGCCGAUCACAAACGCACCUGUCGCAGGAAGAGAUGAGCUGCAGCUGGUCACAGCGCCCCCUUUUAGCUCCACUCAUCUACAUGCCACGCUGUUGGAUGAUUUCCCGUCACCCCAAGUUUUAAACACUUUCCUCAAUAUGGACUAUUUUCUCAGUGAACCUGAGGCAUAACAUAGCGAGGAACCGAUUUUACCUUUUAUUUUAUUUUAUUAUAUUUUAUGUAAAUCUCUUAUUUGCUGUAAAAUGAAAAGAGCCUUGCUUGCCUACAAACUAACUGAAAUGUGAAGUAAUAACCUUUUUAAACAUGUGAUUCUGAAUCACUUGCUGUGUAGAUAUUUGACUUUUCUAUAUGCAGACGGUGUUUUGCCUCCUGUGUUGAUGGACGUCUGUGUUUUACUGAGUUUGUUUUUAGGGAUUUUGUUGGUUGUGAUGCAUCAUGUUUUGGGAACAGGGUUGAAGAUGGCAGGUCAUUUCUGUCGGGAAAAAAAAACAAUCUUCCAUUUAUGAAUAUGCACAUUUUAUGUUACACUUUAAUAUAGAAAAAAAUACCUUUUAAUGAGACCAGAUUAUUUAUGUGCUAAUUUUGGGCCCAUGCUCUAUCAUUAGUGUUUUUGAGUCGAACUUUCAUGAGAUGUUACUGUGUGAAACACAUCCUGAUCUUCAUGUUUCUGUUUCACACUUCACUGCAUGGAAGUUAUGGAUGGAAAGGAAAUUGUAAGUUCCACAUUUCAGCAUCAGUUUCAUUUGAAAAGGUUCAGAAUUGAGAAAUGAGCUGUACAGAAAUCGGAGUAAAUUCUACAUUGAACAUUGAUUUGAAACAAACCGUUAACAUGCACUCCAUUUCCGUUGUGUAUUUGGAAAGAGAAAAGAAAAAGUCAGAUUAUUCAAAUGCUUUGAUGAGUUUGAGAGGCUGAUGUAGAAUCAGCUGAAUGAUGAAGGAAACCUGAGAUCAGUUAUUCAUCAGCUUUAUUUUUAACUCCUGUGUUUAUUGCAUUUGAGAAUCUUCUGUUCUUCCUCUCUGUUCGUCACUGUUGCACUACGUGUAAAUAAACAUCUGCCGCUAAACGUGACUGUUUUAAGAUUUGCACGUCAGCAGCAUUAUGUACAUUUCAUGAAUGCAUUAACUGUAUUUGAUUUUGUCAAAAACUAAACAAAGAAUUAUUUGUUAUUCUGGGAAAAUAUCUCAUUCCAGUGCGCAUGAAAACUUGCUUGAGUUUAUUCUCCGCUUCUUGUUUUUCUCCUCGCUGCUGGAUUUCUGCAGUGAAUUCGACUGCAUUUUUCUCUUUUUGUUUUUUAAAGGAAACUUGACUUCAUUUUGUAAUUGCAGAUUUUUUUGUAUUGUGGGCAACAUUAUGACUACUGAAAGUGCAACCGAGUCCGAGCCUGGUGUUUCCUUUCAGAUGUGCGUUUGGAGUCAUGUGGUGUAAAAGUCCUGCCCCUUCUGGGUGUGUCUGUAUGAGACGCCCCACCCCGCAUUACACUCUGUAACAGUAACUCUGUAUAAUAAACAAUAAACAUAUCAAACCCCUUCAA